AGCAAACUCCGGGAGAUAGUGAAAGACAAGGGAGCCUGCUGCAGUCCAUAGGGUCACAGAGAGUUGGACGUGGUGACUGAACAACCAGAACAACAACAAAAGCCAUGGCAGCCUGCAUCCAGGAUUUCAAGUUCAAAGAUAUGGUCAUUUACUUCUCUCAGAAAGAGUGGGAAUGCUUGCACUCUGCUCAGAAGAAUUUGUACCAAGAUGUGAUGCUGGAGAAUUAUAACAACCUGAUCUCACUGGGAUUCACCAAUUUUAAGCCAGGUGUGAUCUCCUUAUUGGAGCAGGGAAAGGAGCCCUGGAUGGUUAAGGGCAAGGAGACAGAAGAAUGGUGCCCAGACUGGGAAUCUAGAAGAGAAGCCAAGACUUUAUCUUUAAAGGAGGACAGUUAUGAAAUUCAGUCAUUGCAACUGGAGAUAAUAAAGAGACUUGUAAGCUCUAAUCUUGAGUGUCCUAGAGUCAGAAAUACCAGAGAAAUCAGAUGCCACUUGGAGAGGCUACCAGAAGAACAUUUCAGACAAGCCAUAAUAACUUUUGAAGAAAGAUCCACUUCCAUUCAGCACACAGAUCCUAGAGCACCUCAGACAGCUCCUACUGGAGCAAAAUCCUGUGAAUCCAAGGAAUGUAAGACUUCCAGGUCCCAACCACACCAGAGUCAACAUGAAAGAAGUCAUAAUAAGGAGAAAGACUCUAAAUGUGGAGAAUGUGAGAAAGCCUUUAAUAGUAGGUCAGACUUGAUGAAACAUUAGAGAAUUCAUGAAAGGCAAAAAAAGUAAUGAAAAUAAGGAAGGUGACUUUAUUCGUGACUCUCAGAUGAUGAAAUCUCAGAGCAUUAAUACUGCUGAAACCUUAUAAAUGUAAGAAAUGUGGGAAAGCCUUUCAUUCUACCUCACAACUUAGUAAACACCAAAAGAUUCACAUAGGUGAGAAACCCUUUAAGUGUAUGGAAUGUGGAAAGGCCUUUCCAUAUACCUCACAGCUGAAUUUACAUCAGAGGAUUCAUACCAAUGAGAAAUACUAUGAAUGUAAGGAGUGUGGGAAAGCCUUUACCCAUCCCUCACACCUUCUUCAACAUCAGAGAAUCCAUACUGGUGAGAAACCCCGUAAGUGUAAGGACUGGGGGAAAGCUUUUUGCUGCGACACACAACUUAGUCUUCAUCAGAUAAUUCAUACUGGUGAGAGACGCUAGGAAUGUAAGGAAUGUGGGAAGGUGUACAGUUGUGCCUCACAACUGAACCUACAUCAAAGAAUUCAUACUGGCGAGAAACCUCAUAAAUGUAGAGAAUGUGGGAAAGGUUUUAUUUCCGAUUCACAUCUUGUCCGACAUCAGAGUGUUCAUACAGGGGAGAAACCAUACAAGUGUAAGCAAUGUGGGAAAGCCUUUCGCCGUGGCUCAGAACUUACCAGACAUCAGAGAGCUCACACGGGUGAGAAACCUUAUAAAUGCAAGGAAUGUGAAAUGGCCUUUACUUGUAGCACAGAACUUAUCCGGCAUCAAAAAAUUCACACUGAUGAGAGACCCCAUAAAUGUAAGCAAUGUGGGAAGGCUGUUAUUCGACGAUCAGAACUUACUCGUCACGAGAGAAAUCAUAGUGGUGAAAAACCCUAUGAGUGUAAGGAAUGUGGGAAGGCCUUUGGCCGUGGCUCAGAGCUUAGUUGACACCAGAAAAUUCAUACUGGUGAGAAACCCUAUGAAUGUGAGCAGUGUGGGAAGGCCUUUAUUCGUGGCUCACACCUUAGUCAACAUCAAAGAAUUCAUGCAGGACAGAGGAGUGAGUGAAGACAUGGGAAACCUCAAAAUUUGACAUCUGGGAGAAGGAAAUGGCAACCCACUCCAGUAUUUUUUCCUGGAAAAUUCUACAGACAGAAGAGCCUAGUGGGCUGCAGUCCAUGGUGUCACAUGACCAGAGCAAGCACGCAUGAGGGGUUGGAGGGAGAUGGCUGGUAGCAAUAAACAGGUAGAACUAAAAAUAAAAA